GUUUUUAAAUUUUAACAAAGGCUUAAGUUUUGACGAUCAACCAAAAACACUGUGCCGGCGCGCCCACAUAGCAAUGAUUAAAACGCCCCAAGCUCCCAUUUUUUGGGGUUAAUAAGGUCGGAAUUUACCGGAGGAAGCGCGGCGUCUCGACCCAAUCCCCUGCCCCAAUCACCUUCACUCAUGCAAUCCUACUCCUCACCAGUUCCACCAUAGCACCACAACAUUCUACUUCUACGCCGGCGACUCGGCGCCGACGUGUUCGGAACUGAGUUUGGCUUAUGAAUCUUGCCGUCAGAAUUAACUUCGUCAUCCCCCAGGAUUAGAUCUUCGCAUUUCAUGUUGAUGGCACUUUAAUGUUCUCUUCUCUCCUGGCAUGUGAUAAUUGUUGCUACAGAGCUUGUUUUGAGAUCCUUUGAUUUCACGCUUAUAAUUUUUCAUUCGGGGUGAUAAAGGAUGCAGAGAAGCAGCUCAUGGUGGUAGUUGACAUCUCACAGCGGGUGUCUCUAUGCUGUGAUUCUCAAUUUAAGUGAUUAGAACGGUUUCUGAUGCUUUUCUUAUCAUGAAGAAGAAUCACUUGCUCCUACCUGGGAAUCACUCUAAACUGGGAGAUGAAGUAUCUGAACCUAAUUGCACUACGGUAUCUGAUAUUCAUAAUGUAUCAUUUAGCGAAUCAGUAAAACACUGGCAGGGAGAUGAUGGCUCCCAUAACUUGUCUGAUUUUUUGUACAAAUUUACAGAACAAUCACCAAAACUUUCUCCUACUCCGUCGUUGAAAUUCAGUUCCUUAUCUCCUGAAGCUCAUUUCCAGCAACCUCAAAACAAUUUCUCUCGUGCUUCCACAUUCUGUACUAGUUUGCAUUUUUCAUCUUCAUCUAGUUUAGAAACUACACUGCGUCUUGGAAGUUUGCCAUUUCUUCCGGAUCCUUCACCUCGCAGACUGCCAAAUUUCAGCAUUAAACCUUCAGACUCGCCAUCACCUGUUCAUAGUGUAAAAGGUCCUUCAGAGGAUAGCUUGAAAGUUUUCCAAAAUAUCCCUGCAGACAGUUUGGAUGGUGCUAAUCAUGGAUAUUGUGGGUUUAAUGACUUACAACUUACUGAGCAAAUGGAAUUACAGUUACUACCAGAUGAGCUUCACAUUGCUAUUGGUUGUGAUGGAGAGAAUCCUCGGAUUGAUGAAAUAUAUGAAGAACCUCAAUCAUUAAGUCAACUAAGCAAUGAAUUGACUCCGAGCCAGAAUGACAUCUCCAGUACAUUACCUCCUGAUAAGUUAUCGGCUCAGCCAUCUGCUGGUUCACAUAAGCCACGGAUGAGAUGGACACCUGAGCUUCAUGAAUGCUUUAUGGAGGCUGUAAAGAGACUAGAUGGUCCUGAAAAGGCAACCCCAAAGGCUGUGCUUAAACUAAUGAAUGUUGAAGGUUUGACUAUCUAUCAUGUGAAGAGCCACCUCCAGAAAUACAGACUUGCAAAGUAUAUGCCUGAAAGAAGUGAAGAUAAAAAGAUCCCCAGCACUGGAGAUGAUGAAGCAACUGUUAUCAGUAAAGCAAGGGGGAAAGGGAACAAUCAAGUCCUGGAAGCUUUACGAAUGCAAAUGGAAGUUCAGAAAAAACUACAUGAGCAACUGGAGGUAGUAAUGCUGAAGUCUAAAUGGUUGAUCAAUUUGGUGCUAAAGUUUAUUUGUGUUUCAGCCAUAGCUGUAGUAAACUAGUAAUAGUACUGACCCUACGCCUCUACAUCAGCGGCAUGCGUGUACCUGAGCAAAUACCAGUCAAAGGAAAAAACUGCUGAGGAAUGGGAAAUAUUGUUUAUUUUUUUAAUAUUUUUUUACACAUCAGUCUUUAAUUAUUUGUGUACUUGGUAAUAGAGUAUAUCAAAUAAGAUGAGUUUGAACGAAUAUCAACAAUAUAUUUUUUGAGUUUGAGCCUAUAUUUUUCACCCUUCUAUUUUUUUUUCUCUCGCUAUUUUCUUUGGCAAUUAUUAUCCGGUUUCCAAAAGGACCCUAGAGUAGUGAAACUUCAUAGUUGUGCACUGAAGCACUGAUCUUGCAGCAUACUCCUUUUCUUAGCCGUUUCGCAUCUGUUAUUAGGUACAAAGAGCGCUUCAGUCGAGGAUUGAGGAGCACGCAAGGUAUUUGGAGAAGAUCUUUGAAGAUCAACAGAAAACUGGAUGUUGUGCUGGUGCAAGCCAGACCGUUUCGUGUACCGAUUCUGACCCAGUUUGUGCUUCCUCUCCGACCAGCAUCUCUCCCUCUCUUGCUCUAUUCCCAGCCACCGACUCUGGUUGUAUGGCAUCUUCAAAGCUUGAAACAGAAGAUGGUGGGGCCAUGAUUGAACAUCAAACGCCUCAAAAAAGACCACGCACCAAAGAAGUCUCCGAAAACUAAGAGCUGAAGUGCACCCAUAAGGGCAGCGAAGUUGGUAAAGCAAUGAACAUUGCGACUGCAAGGUCCUAUUCCCAUAUUAUUUUUUGAAACUGUGAAGUGCUGUAAGCAUUGGUUGAUUUGUUGUAUUAUUAAUUUUUUUUCCACUGUAAAUUACACAUUUUGUGCCCUUGAAUUUCUUCUUAGCGAUUGAUGUGCUUUUAUUUAUUCUUUGAAUCUUUCUAAACUUGUUUAAUUUACGUAAUAGUGAAUUCAUAAGGCAUGCAGUUAUUAUUACUAGAACGUGGUAAACCGGCCAAUUAGUACUGGAUUUUGAAGCUUUUAUAAGAAAACCUGCAUUAGUUUGAGA